AUGGACGGUGCACUCUCAUCCUCUCCCCUGCCCGAUAUGGAUCGCAACCGCCUUCCGACGCUCUUCGAAGUCUUGAGCAGAAGGACACUCCCUCCGGUUGACCUCUUCUCAUUCUACAUAUACAUGCGGGACCAGCAGAGAUCGGUGGAUUACCUGGACUUCUGGCUUGAUGUUGCUCAGCACAUGUCAUUAUGCCGACACUACGUCCGGGAGCUACGUCGCUCAGUAAUGAUUGGCACUCCGGAGGCGGACAAGUCACCUUCGAAGAGGUCAUCUACUAUUCUGGAAGGAUUGGGCGACAUGAACCAUCCUGCUGCAGGACCAUCGGCGUUGAUGACGGACAAGGAGAAGAAUCAGGAUGCGCAAAUGUCCGCGUUCCUUCGAGAAGACCUGGCAAGCGGCACCAACCACUCCCCAUCGAACAGUCUUGGAUCCCAGCCCCGCCACACGACUUCCAAUGACAGACCUCGUCCCAGCUUCAUGAGCAGUCCAUUGGAGCUGACAUCCGACUCAAACUCUCCAGCACACACAGUUUCCCGGGCAGAUAUCAGAGCAUCGGCCGAAAAGAUCCUGUACACUUUCCUUCUACCCGGUGCAGAGCGUGAAAUUAUCCUUCCGCAUGCAAUCACCCAUGAGAUUACUGUGUCAAUUGAAGAACGGGGCCGUGACGACCCAGAAGUCUUCGAUGCUGCUAAGGAUUAUGUCUUCCAAGCAAUGGAGCGUGAUGCAUUCCCGGGCUUCCUUCGAAUGAAAGCGCUCGGAAAUCUUGUCCCACCAUCCAUGCUGAUGAGAUUGGUGCUUGGCCUGCUCGCGAUGUUUGCUGGAUUCUGGGUCGCUUUCAUUCUCAUUUUCCUCGACUACUCUCGCCUUACCAGAGUUUGGCUCAUCCUCCCUUUCACCGUCGGCGUCUAUUCUCUCAGCUCUCACCAGUAUGCCCUGGACCCAAUCCUCGCGCUGGUGGGAUUCAGUGAGUACACAUUCAUGAGUUUCUCCCGUGUCCGAGAACGAUUUGUUCGCAAGCUGUUGAACAAGCGUGCUCUGAUGGUCCUGGGCGUCACACUAUUGAUUGAUGCUGCACUGGUGGUGCUAUUCGUGUUUGUUCCCGGAAAACGGCUGUAA